CUUUGUCUACCUCUUUACUAUCGCCUAUCGUCGCACGUUGUGUGCUUUAUCGCCGUGACCCAUGCCAAAUGUCAUCGGACGGAUAUUAGGCAUAUGUACGGGCGUAUGCGUACGUAAAUAUACACAGGGGCGUGAAUGUAUGUAUAAUAUGUAUAUGUGCGCGCGUGAUAUUCCGUGUGUACAUGUAUUCAUAAUACGUGUGCCUGUGUAGACGUACGCAUACGGGGCGCCUCAUACGUGCAACGAGGGGACGACGGGAUUCUCAGCUGGCGCAUUCUAGUGGACGUUCGGGUAGAAAGUGCUGUUGCGCGAAGGCAGGUCGCCUGCCUCUUUGUUUGUGAGUUAUCAGCUGGCGCGUCGCUCGCGCCUCGUAACGAUAACGGCCGCGAUCCGCGCAGCAAACAAUAGCGACGAGACCGAAUCGUCGGAGGAACUCUCGCACACGCGACGGAGUUUCGUUCAGAAUUGCCUAGUAUCCGAGAUAAUCUCGCUUCUCCUCUUCCCUUCUCUGCCCCUUCUCUAUUUCUGUGAUCGCGGGUAAAUGUGGUGAAACGCAGUGGGGAAAGGAAUAGCGGAGAGCAAGAGAAGAGCACGGUCGCGGCACAGAGGAGGAAGGCUGAAACUGACGACUGGACAAUCGCGAAGUGGAGACGAAAACAUCGGGAGGAAAAUAAACUACGUUUCCUGACGCGUUAAAAAGAAAAGGGACGCCAAACGUUGAAGAGGACAUUCUUUCAGGGUGUUAAUAAUCGAUCGACUAAGAUAGUGAUCAACGAAGAUAGAAAGAUUCGUUAGCGCUCGAUUCACCAACGAAGAAGGAAAACAUUCGAAGAGAAAACAAAACAUUUGGAACUUGGUAGGCGCGACUUUGUUAAACGAGUGAAAUCCAUCAAAAAAAAUCGCGUUUGACGAAGGCGGAAGAGACUUCGAUCGAAGUAUCCGUUGGUCGCUAUUACGCACAACAGACGCAGUGAGAAACUUCGAGAAUCAAGGAGGAUAGCAGCGGUGUAGAAUUUUCCGCGCAUAUCUCGGCCGCGAUCUGUCGUCAAUUUCGCCUGCCGUUGCCGCCGCUGUCGCCGUCGCCGUCCACGGAUUGGUGCGCGUUCCUCUCAUUCGGUGCGCGUUGUGUCGUCAUCGUUGCUACUUGUGCGUGUCGUGCGCGCGGUUACGCGGCCGAAGAUAGCCGAGGCGCGGCGGAGUCGCCCGAGGCGACGCGGGACGGCGCGACGCGACGCGACGCGACGCGGCGCGGCGGCCGAAGACAUCACGAUUACGUAUAACCAAGCCGAUCCUUCCCCCUUCAUUCUCGCUUGUGCGCCCGUCGUACGCGUAUGUGCGCGCGCGCGUCGUGUGUGUGAGUGUGCGUGCGCGUGCGUCCGUGUGUGUAACUCCGUCACGUGUGUUGGCGCGGGAACGUGCGGCAGAAGAAGGGGGAACAAACGCGAACGGAAGCAGCCAGGAUUACUCCAAACCGAGGAAAUAUGAGCAUUGCUGCCCUAAUACAAGCCGCCGAGUACAUUGAACGAAGGGAAAGAGAAGCUGAACAUGGCUAUGCUUCAACGAUGCCAAUACCCGAUGAUAUGCGGACGAUUACAAAGAGGCCAAAGACGAAGAAGUCCCAAGGCAGCAGAACGACUCAUAAUGAAUUGGAGAAAAAUAGGAGAGCCCAUCUUAGGACUUGCCUCGAGAAGCUGAAGCUGUUGGUGCCACUCGGGCCUGAAACUUCGAGGCACACCACGUUGGGCCUUUUAACCAAGGCCAAGCGUUUUAUUAAGAACUUGGAGGAUCGCGAGCGCAAGCACGCUUUACACAAGGAGCAGCUGUCGCGCGAGCACAGGUUCUUAAGACGGCGGCUCGAGCAGCUGACAAAUCAGACCGGCCUCCACGGCCUUGCGCUUCACGGCCUCCAUGGGCUCAGCACGAGCGCGCCGACCGGCUCCGCCGCCGCAGCCGCGGCUGCCGCCGCCGCCUCCGCGGCGAUGCUGUCCAAACGGCGCAGCGUCUCCGAGUGCUCCUUGGGCACGGCGUCUACCAGCUCCACCGGAAGCUCCAGUAACUCCGACAGGUCCGCGGGUAGCCCAUCCAUCUCGGAGUCCGAUGAAGUAGACGUGAUUGGUUACACGAGCAACCAAUCGGACAGUGAUGAUCAUAGUAGCGUACAGAGUAGUAGCGACAGCGGCGUUGCGAUGUCCACCUCCAGACUGACUCUUUCCGAGAUGAUGGAUAAGCUUUAGACAAAGAGGCGGUGCGAUGGCGGCGAAAGAAGAAGCGGUUGAAGAAGGAAAAGAGGAAAGGAUAGAGGAAGAGAGAUAGAACAAAAGGAAGAAGAUCCAUCGGGGCGUACGAAAAUUGACGGCGCGCGAGAUAUCGACUCAUACACAUAUAACACAUAUACACAUAAAAUGCACAUUUAAAUUCGUACUGAAUGCAACUUUGUCCUUCCAAAAUGGCCUGGUUGGCAAAAUAAUGUUGAAGAAGAUGAAGUCCUUUAGAUGUCACUCGACUUUGCGAAGACUUUCAAAAAACGAAAUAAAUUUAAAAAUCGGAAAUGAGGUAUAGAAGAAACUUGAAAGGGAUUGCAAAAGCUCGAACAUCAACCGGGAUAAAAAAGAAGAUAAAUAAAGAAGAAGAAGCUAUUGGCUAUUAUCUCGUUUCUAACCUACAACUUAAAGAAAAGAAAAAGAAGAGAUCUUGAAUAGCUUCAUUGAAAUAUCGAUUAAAAAAGAGAAGAAGAAAGAAGAAAAGUGAACUAAUAAACAAUUCUCGAAGAACAGCUUAAAAUGGGUUGAAAAAAAGAAAGAUAUAAAAUAUAGAUCUUAUUGCAAAUGAUCUUUUGCAUUUGAGGAAAAAAAAUAUUUGGAGAUGCCGAUUACUGGAGACACCAAUAAAAGGGAGUCAGCCACUUUUCAAAAGUUGUAAAUACAAAUUGAAAAAUUCCACAUUUUCUGAAAUUGCAGUAAAAUCUGAGAUUAUAUAUAUUGUGCAUUCAAA